AUGGAUUUGACGGACGUUGUUUCCCACGCGCGAGCAGCGUUGGAACGUUGUCCGCCAGGGCAUAACGACCGGGAUUAUGCUCUUUACAACCUAGCGAAAGCCCUCUCCAACAGAUUUAAGACAGAGGGGAAGUCUGACGACAUGGAUGAGGCAAUCGUGUUACAUCGGGUAGCAUUGGAACUCCGUCCCUCUGGACAUCCUCGGCGCUUUUCGUCGCUCCAUAACCUUGCCCUCUGUCUUUCGGAUAGAUACAAGAGUCAGGGGGUAAUCGCUGACUUGGAAGAAGCUGUAAGACUUGCACGUGCAGCUCUAGAGCUCUGUUCCCCAGGGCAUCCGAAUCAUGAUAUAUCUCUCCACAAUCUUGCUUAUUACCUCCGGGAGAGGUUCCAGAAACAAGCUGUGAUGCGCGAUCUGGACGAGGCGAUCGAGCUGCACCGGGCAGCAUUGGAAGUCCGUUCCUCUGGACAUCCUCGUCGCUCUUCAUCACUUCAUGGUCUUUCUCUCUGUCUUUCGGAUAGAUACGAGGACCAAGGAGUAGCCGCGGACUUGGAAGAAGCUGUCACACUCGGACGUGCAGCACUAGAGCUCCGUCCACUAGGUCAUCCUGAUCGUGACCUAUCUCUCUUCGGUCUCGCAGUAUGUUCAAGAAACAGGCUUGCGGCCCAUGACUUGGACGAGGCGAUUAAGCUGCACAGGGAAGCAUUGGAGCUCCGUCCCUUUGGACACCCUCAUCGCUCUUCAUCGCUCGCCUGGCUCGCUCUCUGUCUUUCGGAGAGAUACGACAAUCAGGGAGUAGUCGUUGACUUGGAAGAAGCUGUCACGCUCGAACGUGCAGCACUGGAGCUCCGUCCGCCAGGGCAUUCUGAUCGUGACGUAUCUCUCUACAAUCUCGCUUAUUACCUUGGCAAAAGUUUCAGAAGCAGGCUGCAGUAG